CUACAGUAAUGUGUGCAUGUCAUCCUCCUGUGAGUCAUCUUCAGACGCGAGGCGAAGAUACUCUGUUGCACAGUAUCGGUCCCAGUCGCUGCACGGACACGACACAAUUGUACAAGAGAAGCACAUUACGUACACGUCCCUUGCAAUGCUCUCAAUCGCUAUGUGUCGCUUCCACCUGAAUCCGGGGUGCUCAGCCUGCUCUUGCUUGAUGGCAAAGGGGUCGCGCUGCUCGUAAUUCAGGAACUUGUUGAGGCUGAAACAAACGGAUUCCAUGAAUGAUACACACAUAUGCUUUGAGGAACACCACUCACUGACUCUGCGCAUGGCUGCAGUCACUCACCUGAGAAGUAUGGAGAAGAAGGUCCCGGAGAGUUUGCGCUGUCUCUUGAAGUCACUCAGGCGAAAGUGGCCCUCCAGAGACGGAUCGAUCAUGUCACACCUGCACACACCCACCCACACAUACAUAUCUAUGGGAAUAAGGAAGAGGGAGCGGGACACUUUUCAUCUUACAUUUGGCAGAGCACAUCUUGGAAGGGGACAGUCUCGUGAUUGAAGCACUCCAGACGUGUCAUUUGCUCCUCAUAGAAGUAGUACAUCUCGUGGUCCCUGCACAAGUCACACAAGCAGCACGUGUCUGCAAUUGCGCCUCGGAGGCAGGCUAGCGCACUUGCGACCUGAUGCAGCCGUCCCCGUCAAGAUCGACGAGCCGGAACCAGAACUCAAGGCUUCUGAACGAAGGUAGAUAUUCACUCAUGGCAAGAGCAGGCAUGCAUCUAGUCCAUCCCAUCCAUCCCUCACGUACGUCAACAGGUACGUACCUGUCAGUCGUUUUGUCCUCGUCGCUAAUUAGAAACCCUGAAAGAGAACAAGGACAGACAGCGUACGAAUGAAUGGAGGCAUGGUCGCGUGCGAUGUGCGAGCCUCUCUCGGCCUACAGAUGAAGUCUUCGUAGCCCAUUUUGCCCGGCACUGUGGAGGUGAAGGCCAUGGGCACCUGGGUGAAGAUGCGCUCAAUCGCCCGACGGCUGAACGAAUGGUUGUCAUACCUGUGAGGCACAAACAAAUCUAGAUGUGCAGCCAUGCGCGCUGUUUGACGCGUGCGCACCUGAGGAGGUCCUCUUUGUCGAUGAGAAAGUCAUGGUCCUGGUCGAGCUCCCAGAAUUUGCAGUACAGCACAUAGAAAUGCUCGUAGCUGAAGAAAUCCCGCACCUUGUUGAUGUCAUCCUCUGAGUCCAGACUCUUCCACACAGACACAAUGUCACGGCGCACGAUGGGAGUAGCAGCCGUAACUGGAGAGUCGGGCACCGAGUGCGCAAUUCCACACGACCGGCGCAAGUCCUGAACAAGUAAAAGAGUGCAGGUGCAAGUCAGAAAAGGGGCACUCAGAUCAGAUGCCACUUCUCACCUUGAAGCAGAUUUUCCCCGCUCCGCGUCGUUCGCAUACGUAGUGGAUUCUUGCGAUCACCGUGUCAGCUGAGAGGAAUGCACAUACGUAACCAAUCCACAUUCGUCCGCACGACCUGCUUCUUCCUUCGCGUUUGCGUGUGGGUCCGUGCGGGUAGUUACCGUAUCUCUCCUGGAACUCUGGGGUGUCGUGAAGAAACUCCAGGCCUGGGUGGCGAUUCAGCAGCUCUGAAGCCAUGCAUGUGGGGCACACAUCGAUAGACGGACGAGUUCGAGGACACGUUCCUCAUCAGUGUAUGGUACCUUUGACGAAAGGUCUGAGGUCGUUCUUUUCGAUGUACUCAUUUGUCGGCGCCCUCACGACAUUGAAGAAGUUCAUGACCAUCCUGUCAUAUCUGGCGGCCUCGUCCAUCUCACUUGAGCUCGGGGCACCCCCGCUCGCUGAUGGAGUGUCUUCUUCUGGAGCAGAUGGGGGCUUGCAGACGCCGAGCAACCGACUGGACCAAUAUCUGAGCAAUCGAUCUUUCGUGACGACGCCAUCGAUCGCUAUCUGAUGAAAUAGCACACCUGAGGGAAAUCGCACAGACACAUAGAGACAGUGGAAAGUCAGAUGGAAAGCCGCAUAUUCCCCCCUUGCCAUCCUUGCUCCGUACCAGCGAAGUACUUUGAAAGCCCGAGCAACCCAACGACCAUUUCCUGUUCGAACUCGUCCAGACGCAGUCCCGCACCGGCUUUGCCCUCGGCCGUUAUGGCAUGUGGCUCGUGCGGCUUUGCCUCGGCUCUCGCGGCCAAGCAGGCAGCGUAGACCUCAUCGAUGCGCACCCGAUCCUCCUCAGCGAUCCCCAGCCCAUCGCCAGUACGUCGCUGAGCCACAAACUGGAGCGGGUGCGGCUUGGGAUGGUAAAACGUGGGGAUUGGGAGCUUGAGGGACGCCUCGUAGGCCUCUUGCCUUGCUUCAGGGCUCGUGUCGACAUCCCUCUCAUGUCGAUCGAGUGACACCAGCCUCCCAGGACUCACAUGCGGGCCGGAAGCAGCCAGGUCAUCAUGAGCCUUGGCCGAUGCGCUGCUGUGCGGAGGGCUGAGGGACUGCUGUAGCGUGAGGGACAGGGCCAUGGAGGGCAUGACGUCCUUCAUAAUCGGGUGCGAUUCCACCAAAGCACUUGCAUCGGUCCCGGCCGCACCAGGGGACAUUGGGCUGAAGCGCUCAUUAAAUCGAUCAGCCUGCAGUGUACAUCCAAUGCAGCGAGGGAAGGAAUACGAAGGACAGCAGCUCUCUGCGUGUCGUGUCAAUUGGUGACUACCUGGUGCGCCUCGUUUAGAGGUGGUGACACGUCUGCAUCCCCUUUGUUCAUCAUGGCCAUAUGGUCCGCGUCAGCAGCGGCCGCCGGCAGCAUGCCGCCCUGCAUAAAGGCACCCACCGCAGGCCGCGGGGUGUCUGCGGUGAGAUGGGACGAUAUGGGGCGUCGAACAGGGGAACGAGGAGGGGCUGGACCAGAUACUCCAGGAAUGGUCAGCGACAGCUGUGUGGAGCCUGCCGAGGGCAGCGACAGUUGGGGAGCAGAGGCGCUCACACUCGCUGACGGAGGCGGCGAGAAGGUGGCCUGCAUGAGCGACUGUGAAAGCGGGCUGGGCGAGGGGGAUAAGGGGGACCGAGAGGGGGCGUGGGAGGCUUUCGGAGAGCUGGGAGGGGAAGCAAGCAGAGGAGCGCCGCCCGUCCGCGAGGACGAAGCGCCGUGAGGAGGCGGAACCAUGGACUGGCAAAACACACGAAAAUACCAGGGGAUCUCUGCCACCUUCGCUUUUCCUCUCCUCACCGAAUCGAAAGUACCGUCCUGAAUGUCCUGGAGGGCGCUCUUGAUCAGCGUCUGAGACGACGGCAGCGCCAACCACUCAAAGAAGAAGCCGUCGACCGUAGACCGGACGAUUGACGGUGCAACCCCUUCCAU